AUGACCACCGAGUCCAUCAAGCAUCACCCAGGCGGCCCCUUGCACGCGACCGAUCCAUGGGCACCACGAACCUACACACGAACCGGGACCUGCGCGCGUGCGAGGCAAUUUCUACGAGCCCUUGUCCCCCGUGACCCUGAGGAAUACGAAGCACUCGUCGAGGCGGAAAAAUUCCAAAAGGAAUUGCGCGUCGAUCAAUGCAAGCGUAUUUCUCAGGAGAAGGCUCGCGAGAAGAAAUUGGAGAAGGAGAAGGAGGAUCGUGAAAAAUCUAUCUUGGCUGCGAAUGAGGCGCUCAGAGAUCAAUUCAAGAGUGUUAAGCGUCGCACCCCGAAGACAUGUUCUUCUGGAGUCAUUGAUCUAACCGAGGAUUAG